CGGACGGACGGACGGACGGACGGACAAAGUGGCCACAAUAGCGCAUUUUUUUAUUUGUGUGGAAAUGCGCUAAAAAACGCGUUGAAUAUAGCAUUCUCAGGGCCAAGAAAGAUUUAAAUUUGUUCAUGUACAUAUUAUACAACGCGAACGUAAAAGCCCAAUAUUAUUAUUCAUAUUAUUCAGAAAUCCAAAGAUAAAUUCUAAAAGUUACACAGACCUUAGUCUUUAAAAGAAUUGUUAAUUAUAAGUAAUUAGGUGGUAGCUAAUAACCGAAACUCAUUUCGAGGAAUUAUUUUUUUUUAUGUUUCAAUUUCAUUUGAAUCAGAGUGCUGUAAAUUGUUAUAAACAUUAUCAUUGAAUAAGGAAUCUCAAUAUUAUAUACUGCCACGUAUACGCUUCAGAACUUUCGCUAAUGGCAGAAUCGUCAUAUGGACAUUGUUUAAUGAAUGCCUGUAUUUAAAUUAUUUUACAAUCCGUAUCAGUUGUUAUUGCCUACACGGAAGUCUGUGCUAUCACCGUAGAUCCCAAUACGAUGAGUAAUAAUGACGUCUUAAAUACUUGUAAAGAGGAAGAUUUAAAUGAAGAUAGUAUAAGCAUACAAAAUGGUUUGGAAAUGAUUCGAGAGUGGUUAAGAAAACAACCACACCUGAAUGUCAGAGAUGAUGACGAAUCGUUGUUAAUAUUUCUAAGAAGUUCAAAAUAUAGUAUCCAACGUACUAAAGAAAAACUCGACAAUUAUUACUCCAUGAUCACCUUGCUUCCAGAGAUGUUUGACGACCGAGACCCAUUCGCGUCUGAUAUUCAAACGCUUUUAAAUGUAGGAACUAUGGUUCCACUGCCAAAUACCUUGGGUAAAUGUGGACCCAGAAUUAUUUUCUACGGGUGUGGUUAUGAUCCCGUUCUUGUACCGUACACCACCAUUAUGAAAGUGUGUCUAAUGAUGUACGAGAUUUUAAUGGCCGAGGAUCUUAAUACUGUUGCAUUCGGUAUUUACUUGCUAUUCGACUUAAAAAGAUUUUCGCUAAAAUAUGUCUUACAAUUAACUCCGACUAUUCUGACUCAGCACGUCUACUGUACCGAAACAGGAUACCCUCUGAGACUCAAAGGUAUACAGAUCGACAAUUGUCCACCAGCUAUGGACGUUAUAAUUAAAAUAGCGAACGCUUGUUUAAAGGGUAAAGUUAGUAACAGGUUCCAUGUCUACAGGGAGGAUAGCAAUUUACAAAAGGAAAUUCCGCUUGAAAUGCUGCCCAUAGAGCAUGGUGGAAAAAAUGGAUCAAUUAAAGAGCUGGGAGCAAUUUGGAAAAAGAAAAUGGAAUCCUAUAGAGAGUGGUUUCGAGAAAACGCUAAAUACAAAACUAAUGAAAAUCUUCGACCCGGUCCACCAAAAACCAGUGACAGUGAGCUUGGAAUCGAUGGAUCGUUUAGAAAAUUAGCAGUUGAUUAAUUAAGUUUUUUUGAAUUUUCAGUUUGAAUUA